CCUGAGACGAGAGCUGAACACAGGACAGCCAAUCUUUACUGCAUUGGUGACAGGGGCUAACCGUUGCGCCACCACCGCCAGCGCUUCCGGUGGAAUGAAGGUGAACAGACAUCCUCCACGACUGUCGCUUUGCCAUCCCCUGGGUGUGAUGGGACCGGAACCAGAAUGCUUCGCCAAUGACGUCACCAAUGGAGCACCUCCCGCAGUAACAGCUGGCCUGUUGGACCGUCUACUAGUAUGGCAAGAGAGUGGUUCCUGCACGAUUCCCCAAGUCAUAUUUGGACAUGCCACUUCUUUCUCGGUGGCCGUUAGCUGGUAAAGAUGCGGUUAAAUUGUGAAGUCGAAAUCAUCAAUCGUCUGCUGCCAGCUCUGAACAUGAAAAAACAAAGUCGAAGCAGCAGAGCGCAAGUGUCCAUUGGGCGUGGAGGAGCCAGCACAUCUAAGGACGCAGCAAUAUUCCUUUUAAUAUGCACAGCCAAAGACAAAGCGGGGUCCAAGUAUGUGGUCACAGGCAACAUCUGUCAAAUUUUCAACAAAUUUGUUAGUGAUGGAAAAGCUACUAUUCGUUUCAAGCAACCUGAAGAAGACAUCUGUAUUAACAAAGCCGACCCUUUGCAGUUGAAGGGGUUGCUGUCAGUACUGAAGAAGGCUGCUCAAGGAGAAGACCUAGGACAGGUGACGCUCUCCACGCUGCAGCCAUUGUCUGCCACAAGUCUGGGGAACCUCAAGACAAAGAUGACUGUUCUGUCACGCAAAGACUACCCACUCACCACCUCCUUCCCUCUCAGUCUUAGACAGUUGAAAAUACACAACUGCACCAUGAAGCGGCUUGACAGCCGGAUUCUUCAGCUCCGCCAUUUGGAAACUCUCGACCUGUCUGUCAACCGUCUUUUAACUCUUCCGGAGAACCCUGGGCGAUGGAAUAGGCUGUCAGAGCUACGGCUUGCACAGAAUCAACUGAUGGUGUUGCCACCGGUUAUCUGGCAAAGCUGUUUGCAAGAGACACUGCUGCUACUUGAUGUGAGCGGCAACACCAUAGAGGAGCUGCCUUUGCAGCUGUGUCAUUUGAAAAAUCUGAUACAGCUGCAUGUGAAGAACAAUAAGCUGCGGUCAUUGCCACCUACUGUUGGGUCAAUGCAGAAGCUACGUGUGUUGACAGCUGCUAAUAAUGCCAUCAGCCAGCUGCCAGCAGGUAUUGCACGCCUGCGGCUGGAGUCGCUCGAUUUGUUUGGCAAUCCCCUACAACUGCCUGACAAAGAGACAGUAACUAUCAACAAUUUAGGUGUGCCUUCUCUGGUAGAUCUCUCAGCCUGUGUCAUUAGGACUCAAAGGCUUCCUUAUGGUGCAGACGACUUGCCCCCACACCUGAUCCACUACCUAAAUAAUGCUCGUGUCUGCUGGUGUGGCAAGUACUGCUUUGAAAAUGCUGCUCGCUGCCUGACCCGGUGUGACCUUCGCAGUAUCUCAGAGACUGUUAUCAUGUGGAACACUUUAGGAAGUACAUUCAUACCUGUGGAAGCAUUCCUGUGUUCAAUUAAGUGUCUGAAAAAUUUUCAGAAAAAUCCAUAUGCUCACUGGCGGAAAUAGUCUAUGGACGAGUUUAUGCAACUCUGAGGGACUUCAACUUUAUCUGCCUUCUGGAAGGAUGAUGUGCACAUUAAAGUCGUUGGACAUGAACCACACAAAGGCAGCAAUUUAUGAAUUUAGCCUCUUUAUUUCCUUGAUUUAUCACAAAAGAGUGCUGCUUUUUAUUUUAUAACAAUAUUGGACAUAUUCAUACUUUAACAAAAUCAAAAAUUUAAUAAGCUUUGAAAAAAAAAAUCAUCUAAAAAUGACCUUAUUAAAUUUCACUGUAACACUUAUUUUCAUUCAAGACUGAAAGUAUAGACUGUGAGUGCUUUGGACUUAGUCUAAGAUUCUAAGAUGUGCUUAUCUUGUGGGCAUUAGCUAUGUUCUAUUUUUUCCCCCUCAAUUUCUAUUUCAAAUGAGCUUUGCCUGUUAAAAGCAUCCCAAGAAACAAUUUGUGAAAGACAAAGCAUUCAUGUCAUAUAACCCUAAGCAAGCAUAGUUGCAAUGAGGCAAUAGUCUUUAUUCAGUCAGAUAAAUAUACAAUUUUGUACAUUUUUUUUUUUACUGAUAUUUACAGACAAAACAAAAGCAGCACAAAACAGAUUUAUUUGGAAAAGGAAACACAAUAUUUGAAAUGUAUCAAUAAGUAAAAAUACAAGUAUCACCCCUUGGCAUUCAAUGUUUCAUGCUAGUCAUAUUUAUCUAAAUACAAGUAUCACAACUUGAUUGCAUUCUAAACAUAAAAAAGGGUCACUGAAUACAGGGUUCACGAGCCAAUCGUUUUCUCCAUUCUAUCUCUGCAUACAAGUGUGAGCAAACAUUUGCCUGCUCUAAGAGACUGAAAGACCACUGCAUGUGAGGAACCAAAUUUGACGAAAAAAAAACUAUUCAUAACUUAAGCAGCAUUCUCAUCUUGAUUUCACUCUUGUCAGUAUUUAAAAAAAAAGUAACUCCCACUUUUAAAAAAAUGACCAUGUGGGGUUGACAA